CGUCGUAUGCAGCAGACUAUCACCAAACACGUCAAACCACUGGUCUUUUGUGUUGACAAGUGACAACUCUUCGCAAAGGCAAUUUUGCUAUCCGGCUCCCCAGUGCUUACGUGAAUUCUACCAUUCCUCGACAUACAAAUAUCUGCUAGGUUUUCUGCAAAUGUUGUCGAUGGAGCGAAUACCCGAGCAAAUCGGUUAUUUGGUAUUAAAAGAGGACGGGGCUGUGCUCACGUCAGGUGGAGAGCUGGAGAACGACGAGAGAGUUGCAAACAUUAUCAUGAGCCUGAUCACUCUGACCGAUACAAUCGAUCCUAAGGCGUUCGCGUCCGAUGAAACGUUCAACAAAAUAUCAAUAACCUACGGAGAUCACUGCUACGUCAUAUGCCUGUCAAACAAAAAGGUUCACAUUGUCAAGAAAAAGAUAACCGCGUUGAUCUCAUCUCAAGAACAGCAACAGCCAGUGAUUGCCUGAUGAAUCGAAUAUUGCCUAUCGAACUAAUUGCAAGGAACAUAUGUUAAGUUGAUGUGUAAAAAUAAACCAUGUAAUAAAGUAAAGACUGCAAAUGUGAA